UCGAGGCUGGGCUUCACGUUGGACGCCAGCGCUGCAUUCCACACCACACUCACAUACACACCGGGAAAACCUCCGUGCCGAACUAACACGCACACCCUCACUCGAGAGUGGAUAUGUCCGCAAGUUUUGGAAUUUAACCAUGGCAUGGAUAUCUAACCCAAAGGUCACUUGAACUGGUCUCCUGACACUCAGUGGCGCUCUGGAUGAAGCACUGGAUGACCGUUCAUAUUGGAGAGGAGAGCACUGACGAUCAAUAGGAACUAUUUUUCUCUCCCUACCCCUUUUAAAAACUUCUAUACCCAUAGAACUGCCUGGACAACAGUGACUAACCCUAGGUAUUACGGCGGAGUGGGACAGGCAGACAGCCUUGCCUCAUUUGUGUGUACUGUGCACAGAAAUGUGGCCUCUCCAGGGGUCUGUGGGUGUGCUUAACCCAGUGAGAGUGCUUCUUCUUGGGCUUCUAGUGGUCUCCUUUCCCCAAGCCCAAUCCCGGGCGCCCCAGGAGCCUUUCAAGGCCUUCUCUCCGCCAGAAUGGGGACUGACGCACCUUGCCGUCCACAACAAGACGGGCGAGGUCUACGUGGGAUCGGUGAAUUGGAUCUACAAGCUGUCGAGCAACCUAACCAAGUUAAGGAGUCACAUGACUGGUCCUGUGGUGGAUAACGAGAAAUGCUACCCUCCGCCCAGUGUUCAGUCCUGCCCCCAUGACCUGUCCCAGACCAAUAAUGUCAACAAGCUGCUGCUAGUGGACUACGCCCAGAACCGGCUCAUCGCCUGCGGAAGCACAUCGCAAGGCAUCUGCCAGUUCCUGCGGCUGGACGACCUCUUCAAGCUGGGCGAGCCGCACCACCGCAAGGAGCACUACCUCUCCAGUGUGUCCGAGUCCGGCACCAUGUCCGGAGUCAUCAUCUCCGACAGCAUGAGCAGCAAGCUCUUCAUUGGCACACCCAUCGACGGCAAGUCAGAGUACUUCCCCACGUUGUCCAGCCGCAAGCUGAUGGCCAACGAGGAGAACGCUGACAUGUUCAGCUUCGUCUACCAGGAUGAGUUUGUCUCCUCGCAAUUAAAGAUCCCCUCCGACACGCUGUCCAAGUUCCCGGCCUUCGAUAUCUACUACAUCUACGGCUUCAGCAGUGAGCAGUUUGUCUACUACCUGACCCUGCAGCUAGACACACAGCUCACCUCACCCGACGCCAGUGGCGAGCAGUUCUUUACCUCCAAGAUCGUGCGCCUCUGCGUGGACGACCCCAAGUUCUACUCCUACGUUGAGUUCCCCAUUGGCUGUACCAAGGAUGGCGUGGAGUACCGCCUCAUCCAGGACGCCUACCUCAGCAAGCCUGGCCGACAGUUGGCCAACUCGCUGGGGGUGUCCGAGCAGGAGGAUGUCCUUUUCACCGUCUUCUCCCAGGGCCAGAAAAACCGUUCCAAGCCUCCUAGAGAGUCUGCCAUGUGUCUGUUUACGCUCCGGCGCAUCAAAGAGAAGAUCAAGGAGAGGAUCCAGUCGUGCUACCGAGGACAGGGAAAGCUCUCGCUGCCCUGGCUGCUCAACAAGGAGCUGGCCUGCAUCAACUCGCCCCUGCAGAUUGAUGAUAACUUCUGUGGCCAGGACUUCAACCAGCCCCUGGGUGGCACCAGCACCAUCGAGGGCAUCCCUCUCUUCCUGGACAAGGACGAUGGCAUGACCUCGGUGGCCGCCUACGAUUACCGCGGCAACACUGUGGCCUUCGUUGGCACGCGCAACGGCAGGCUGAAGAAGAUCCUGGUGAACUCAGUGAGCCCGUCACGCCCAGCUCUGCUGUAUGAGAACGUGCCUGUGAGCGACGGCGGCCCCAUCCUCAGAGACCUGCUCUUCAGCCCCGACCAGCAGUACCUAUACACACUCACAGACAAGCAGGUGACGCGGGUGCCUGUGGAGAGCUGUGAGCAGUAUACUACCUGUGGCGAGUGCCUGGGCUCCAGAGACCCGCACUGUGGAUGGUGUGUCCUCCAUAACGUUUGUUCUCGUAAGGACCGGUGUGAGAGGGCCAGCGAGCCACUGCGUUUCGCCUCAGACUCCAGACAGUGUGUGGAGCUGACCGUGCAGCCCAGGAACAUCUCUGUCACCAUGUCUGAAGUACAGCUGGUUCUGGAAGCGCGGAACGUUCCGGACCUGUCGGCAGGGGUGAACUGCUCAUUCGGCGACUUCACAGAGAGUGAGGCGCGCAUCUACAACGGCCUCAUUUACUGCCUGUCACCGUCGACCCGACAACUGGCCGCCAUCGCUCCUCAUCAGGGGGACAAGCGAGUGGUGAGGCUGUACCUGAAGUCCAACGAGACAAAGAAGAAAUUCGCCAGUGUGGAUUUUGUCUUCUACAACUGCAGCGUCCACCAAUCCUGUCUGUCCUGUGUCAACGGCUCCUUCCCUUGCCAUUGGUGCAAGUACCGUCACAUGUGCACGCAGAACGCCAACGACUGUUCCUUCCAGGAGGGCCGCGUCAACAUGUCCGAGGACUGUCCUCAGAUCAUCCCGUCCAGCCAGAUCUACAUCCCGGUGGGGGUGACCAAACCCAUCACGCUGGCCGCACGCAACCUGCCGCAGCCCCAGUCUGGCCAGAGGAACUACGAGUGCAUCUUCCAUAUCCAGGGCGAGACCCACAGCGUCACCGCCCUGCGCUUCAACAGCUCCAGCAUCCAGUGCCAGAAGACCACCUACAACUACGAAGGGAGUGACAUCAGUGACCUGCCAGUGGAUCUGUCUGUGGUGUGGAACGGCAACUUUGUCAUCGACAACCCCUUCAACAUCAAAGCUCACCUGUAUAAGUGUCCUGCGCUGCGGGACAGCUGUGGCAUGUGUCUGAAGGCCGACCCGCACUUCGAGUGUGGAUGGUGCGUGCAGGAGCGCAAGUGUUCACUCCGGCAGGAGUGCAGCACGCCAGAGCACACCUGGAUGCACGCCACCGCCGGCAACAGCCGCUGCAUGCACCCGCGCAUCACCAAGGUGAGGAGAGCACCCCACACACAUGGUACGUUACAAAAGUUUGUGGACGACUUGUUCGAGACCAUCUUCAGCACAGCCCAUCGUGGCAGCGCCCUGCCCCUGGCCAUCAAGUACAUGUUUGACUUCCUGGACGAGCAGGCCGACAAACACCAGAUAUCAGACUCCGACGUGCGACACACCUGGAAAAGCAACUGCCUGCCAUUGCGUUUCUGGGUGAACGUCAUCAAGAACCCCCAGUUUGUGUUCGACAUCCACAAGAACAGCAUCACGGACGCGUGUCUGUCGGUGGUGGCCCAGACCUUCAUGGACUCCUGCUCCACCUCCGAGCACAAGCUGGGCAAGGACUCGCCCUCCAACAAGCUGCUCUACGCUAAAGACAUUCCAAACUACAAGAACUGGGUGGAGAGGGCAGCAGGCAGUUUCCAGACACCGCUAUUUCUAUUCUAA